AUGAUUACAGCAAGAAAAACCUGUUUCAGUGCUUAUAUGGGCACCUGACUGUUAAGUUGUAGUGCGCCUGGACCACUACAGAAAUAAGCAUCCUUAAAAAGAGAGAAAAAAGGCAACUAGUUGUUACUUUGAGUGCUUUAAUUUGCAUUAAUUUGUCUGUCAUUCAGAAACACACGGUCCACAUGGAGGACAGGGAAGGAGGAGCCGAGGAAGAGGUGGGGAGGAUAAAAACAAGGGGGUGGAGUGUUGUUCCAGUAAAAUAAUGAGAUGAGACAGACGAUAGAUUCAGAUCAGCAGUCCACACAGAAACAUCAGUAGCUCAGAUUUCAUGACAUGGCAACAAAAAUCAUCUACUUCACAGUGAACGGGAGACCGGAGCAGGCUGAGUUCCCGCUGGAUUGUCCUGCCCAAGAUGUCAAAGAUCUUUUCCGCUCUGCAGCCGAGGCGGGACCUCAUGACAUCCUGAAGCUGUACAACCCCAAAGGCAACAUCAUCAACAUCUCCCCACAUCUGGAGCCCAACAGCCCAAACUCCUGCUACAAGCUGGAGGUGGUGGCUGCCGACUGCAACAGUGUCGACCUUGCUGGUGCGCUAGGAUUUGACCUCUCAUCCAUGGAGAAAAGACUGCAGGGUCUGGAGAAGAAGAUCCUGAUUGAAGCUGGUGAGACUCCUGCAGUCGUGUAUGAGAUGAAGAAACAGGUGGAUUCAUUCCGGGAGAAACUAGAGAGUGUGGAGCAUCUAAGCUGGCUUGGAUUGUUCAAGGACUUGUCAGAGGGAACACAUAAGCCCUCCCCGUUCUACCACAAGAGAACCCUGCGUAAGACCAGAGAGGAGUGUGAGCACGUACGAGAAAAGUUCCUUCAAAUGAGCUCUCUGGAGGUAUCAGAAGAAGUGAGGCAGUACUUAAAGACUCCAACCUUUGAUAACUGGCAGUGGGAGGACGCAGAGAUAAUGGUGCUCCUGCAGGUCAUGUACACAGAUUUAGAUUUCAUAGCGAUCUACAACAUUGAGCCUGAAGUACUGCAACAGUUCUUGUUUGAAGUCUACCGAAGAUACAACAACAUCCCUUUUCAUAACUUCAAGCACUGCUUCUGUGUUACCCAGAUGAUGUACGGUUUGAUCUGGCUGACUGACCUCAGGAGUAAGAUGGACAACAUCGACCUGCUGAUCAUGCUGACCUCUGCAGUGUGCCACGACCUCGACCACACAGGAUACAACAAUGCCUACCAGAUAAACGCUCGGACUGAACUCGCUCUUCGCUACAACGACAUCUCUCCGCUGGAGAACCACCACUGUGCUGUAGCUUUUGAGAUCCUGGAGGAGACAGAGAGCAACAUCUUCAGAAACUUGUCCAUGGAUCAGUACAAACGGAUAAGAGAAGGGAUCAUCAAAUGUAUUCUGGCCACUGACAUGACGAGACACAACGAGAUCCUCAACAAGUUCAAGUCCAUCCUGCCUGCGUUUGACUUCACCAACAAGGACCACAGAGAUGUGCUAAUGAUGAUUCUGAUCAAAGUGAGCGACAUAUCCAACGAGGCGCGGCCCAUGGAAGUGGCUGAACCCUGGCUGGACUGUCUUCUGCAGGAAUUCUACAACCAGAGUGAUGUGGAGAAGUUAGAGGGUCUUCCAGUGACCCCCUUCAUGGAUCGGGAUAAGAUAACCAAGCCUUCAUCUCAAACAGGCUUCAUCAGAUUUGUGCUUUUGCCUCUCUUCAUCGAGCUGGCUAACCUCUUCCCCUGCCUGGAGCAACACAUUAUCGACCCGGUGCGGAAGGCCCUCGACUACUACACAGAGAUGGAGAAAGCACUGGACAAGGAGAAACAGAACCGGGCUCAGAGCGAGAACGCAGCCAAGAGCAAGGAGACGUCUGCGGGCACGCAGAGCACAGCGGACAGCCAGACGGACGCCGGGGACGAAGCCUCUAAACCAGACGCACAGUGAACUACGAUGGACGGCAAAUUCAAGAACUGAACAGAGUCUUACACAUCUUAUAUCAAGAUUGUAUACAUUUAUAUUUAUUCAGAUGUAUUUGGUGAGCACAAGUACUGUAUGCUGUUGUAUUGUAGUUUUGGUGUUUGCAGUAUUACAUUUAUUCUCAUGGACCCAACUUUUAUAACAUCUUAAAUAAAAACACAGUGCCUUUGUGUGUCAUGUAAGUUUCAUUCAAUAUUCUCACAAAUAAUUAUAUAUAAUAAUAAACUCUCUCACAUAUAUGGUAUGUAUUUUUUUACAAGUCUACAGUAUACCAAGAAUGAAUUCCACUUGCAAAAAUAUUGAUACUAAAUGCAUCAUGUAUCAGCAAUUAAUAAAUCUAUUCAAAUGUUUUGUUGUUUCCAUGUAGCUCCAUGCUUAGAGAAAACUUCAUAUUUCUAAAAUAUUCUGACAGCAGUUCUUAUGGUGUAAGACUUAAAACCCAUAUUGGUCAAACCAAAAUGACUAUUUUUGAAUUUUUCUCAGUGUUUCCUAACACAACAUUGACCUGUGAGAAAGUUUUCAGACCUACAGUAUGUAGAGUUAAGUUUGGGAACAAUAAAAAAUAAACUUUGUAAAAAUUAAAAAUCUAAAAAGUGUAUGUCACCUUUAAAAAAAGAAGUAGUGAUGUGCUUCUAACAGAACAAGAAAAGGUCACAGAGUAAACAAUCAUAUUACAAGAUAAGAAACAAAAGCACUGAAAUGGUUAAGAUCCGUGAAAAGUGGUAAAAGGUGUGUUUUAUUGCGGUGGUUCU